AUGGUAAAAUCAUAUCUUCGUUAUGAGCCUUGUAAAACGUUCGGUGUUAUAACUAGUUCUUUAUCGAACGCUGUAUUUUCUGGGGACGAUAAACUUGCUAUCGCUCCGGCAUUAGAAGACGUUGCUAUAUGGGAUUUGAAAAAGGGUAUUCUAAUUGGAAAAUGGCAUGAUGUUGAUAAUAAGUCAGAAGUUAUAGUAAUAGCAAAAAGUCCAAAUAAAAUAGAUUAUGCCGUUGGAUACGCAGAUGGGUCAAUUCGAAUAUGGAAUAUUGAGACAUCAUCAUCUUCAAUCAUAUUUAACGGUCAUCGAGGAGCAGUUACUGCACUAACAUUUGAUAAGACUGGAACAAGAUUAGCAUCAGGAUCAAAAGAUACCGAUCUUAUUAUAUGGGACAUUGUUGGAGAAGUUGGUCUUUAUAGAAUGCGUGGUCAUAAGGAUCAAGUUACUUCAAUUCAGUUCAUUUCGAGGCCUUUGUUGGGAGGUCAUAAGUCUAAAGACAUGACAUCAUCAUCCGGGUAUCUUCUUUCGUCAUCUAAAGAUACCCUCUUAAAAUUAUGGGACUUAAGUACUCAACAUUGUAUGGAAACAGUUGUAGCUCAUCGUAGUGAAGUGUGGGAUUUUGAUAUAUCAAAGGAUGAAAAAAUGUUAGUGACUGGGGGUGAAGAUGCUGAAUUUAAAGUUUGGACUAUAGAUCAUGAAGUUCUAGCUAAAGGGCUAGAAAUCGAUGAUUCAAAUAAAGAAGAGAAUGAGGUACUCUGUAAUUUAGUUAAAUAUUUCCGAAAAACGAUUCAAUUUUUUGGAAGUGUUAAAAGAGAAGGGAAGGAUCGUGUUGUUACAAUAAAAUUUCAUCCAAAUUCCAGUUUAUUGGGAGUUCAGGGACCCGGGAAAUCCGUAGAAAUUUAUCGUAUUCGUACACAUGAAGAAAUUAAAAAGAAAUUGUCGCGACGAAAAAAACGUCAGAAGGAAAAGCAACAUAGAGACCAAGAUGAAAAUGAUUUCAUGGAAGUUAAUGUUGAAGAGCAACAAAUUCGUGCAGAAGAUUUAAUUACACCUUAUCAAAUUAUUCGAACUGAUGGAAAAGUACGGUCUUUUGAUUUUUCAAUGAUUGAAGAUAAGAAUGGUUCGAUACGAGUUCUCACAUCUUUGACGAAUAAUAUGCUAGAAGUAUAUACCGUAAAUCUUUCGGACAUAAUACCAUCAAAAUUAUAUUCAAUCGAUCUUUUAGGUCACCGCAGUGAUAUUAGAACCUUAUCGCUAAGUUCUGAUGAUAAUUUAUUGUGCUCAGCAUCAAAAGAUACGCUCAAGAUUUGGAAUGUGCAGACCACUUCUUGCAUUCAAACAAUGGAAUGCGGAUUUGCGUUAUGUAGCACGUUUUUGCAAGAAAAUAGAUAUGUCAUUGUCGGUACUAAAUCUGGCGAUCUCGAAUUAUUUGACUUGGCUUCAGCGUCCUUAAUAGAAUCAAUUAAAGCGCAUGAUAAGGCUGUAUGGUCUUUACAAGUUAGGCCAGACAAAAAAGGAUUAGUAACGGGAAGUGCUGAUACGAAUGUCAAAUUUUGGGAUUUUGACAUUGUGGAAGAGAAACCAUAUGGCGAAGACGGGCCUGUAUUCAGACGUCUUACAUUGGUUCAUACUCGUACACUGAAAAUGUCGGAUGACAUAUUAUUUGUCCGCUAUAGUCCAAAUCAAAAAUUGAUUGCUGUUGCAACGUUAGAUGCAACUGUAAAAGUAUUUUAUAGUGACACUUUGAAAUUUUUUCUGUCAUUAUAUGGCCAUAAAUUGCCCGUAUUGUCAAUGGAUAUUUCUUCAGAUAAUAAAUUAAUAGUUACGGGAUCCGCUGAUAAGAAUAUUAAGAUAUGGGGUCUCGAUUUUGGUGAUUGUCACAAAUCAAUAUUCGCCCAUCAAGAUAGUAUUAUGUUUGUGCAAUUUGUCGCGAAAACACAUCAUAUUUUUACGGCAAGCAAAGAUAAGUUGAUAAAAUAUUGGGAUGGUGACAAGUUUGAAAAUAUAAUGAAACUUGAAGGGCAUCAUGGAGAAGUAUGGGCUUUGGCAAUUGGCAAGCAUGGAGACUUGUUAAUUUCCGGAUCUCACGAUAGAUCCAUAAGGGUCUGGGAGCAAACAGAUGAACCGCUUUUUUUAGAAGAAGAACGCGAGAAAGAAUUAGAGGAAUUAUACGAGUCUACUUUAACCACCUCAAUGGAAAAAACAACUCUUGAAGAUAAUGCUGUAGAGGUUUCAUCAGCUGGUAAACAAACUAUGGAAACUCUAAAGGCUGGUGAAAGAAUAAUGGAAGCAUUGGAUAUUGCUGAUGAGAAUACAGCUUCUUGGGCAACAUAUAAUGAGGCAAUAUAUUUAGGAUUCUUGUUUAUUUAUCCCGGUCCACCACCAAAAUCUAAUCCUAUAUUGGUAGCUUUAGGAAAUCUCACUGGAGAUCAAUAUGUUUUGAGAGUUAUUGAGAAAGUGAAAUCAACAGAACUAGAAGAAGCUUUGUUGGUUUUACCAUUCACUAAGGUUAUAUCGCUAUUACGAUAUUUAGACUUGUGGGCUAAGAAAGAAAUAAAUAUUACAUUGACAUGUCGGAUAUUAUUUUAUCUUCUUAAAGUCCAUCAUGAUCAAAUUGUAGCGAAUCGACUAAUGAGACCUAGGCUAGAUUCUCUAAGAAUACAUAUAAGGACUGCGUUAAAACAUCAAAAGGAUUUGCUUGGAUAUAAUUUGGCAGCAUUAAAAUAUAUCAAACGAGAUUGGGAAGCUAAUAGUACUUCAGAAUUUUUCGACCCAUUAUUAGAUAAUGAAUUAGAAGAUGGCUCUUCCAAAAAGAGGAAAUUUAUUAAUGUUACUUCUUAA